GUGCUGCGCGACUUCUUCGCUACGACUCAUUUUAACUCAUCGGGAGAAAGGAAACGCUUGCGAGUAAAAGUAGGACAAGUUAAGCGACGACACGAAGAAAUCUGAGCGGAAAUCAAACGAUCUUCGCCGUAGCAGCAGGCGAAAGGAGUCAUUAGGGCUGCGAUCGGAGAAACGGCUGCAAGACCUUCGCCACUCUGACCUCGGCGAAUUCCCCUCUCGUUGUUUUUUUCGAGGCGCGGUCGAGUAGGACGACACGGACACGACGAGGUUUUCGGAUUUUGUGUCCUCAUCGGAUCUUUUCGAGGUGAAUCUUUGGAGUUCCGGUGAGCGGCGAGAAAGAGGAUAUAUGAAAUGGCCGUGAGGAGAAAUAUCUGAUCUUCUUUCUGGUGGAAAGUUCGUUUUUUUUUUCCCCCGAUAUUUUGUGGGGAUCUUCCCUUGAUUGUUUUUGGGCAUUCUCAUUGGUACGAUCUGGGAUCCUGGAGGUAUCGGGCUGAGGGAGAAUUAAGAAGAUAAGGCGUUCACCUGAUUUUAGUGCGCGAAAUGAACAAUCUCAGCAAUGCCACAGUAGGGUCAAAAGUAUGGACUGAGGAUCCUGAAGAGGCUUGGAUUGAUGGGGAGGCCGUGGAAGUCAAUGGAGAUGAAGUGACAAUCAACUGUACUUCUGGAAAGACAGUUACAGCAAAGUUGAACAAUGUGUAUCCAAAAGAUACUGAUGUAUCCUCAUGUGGUGUCGAUGACAUGACAAAGCUAGCUUAUCUGCAUGAACCAGGUGUCUUGCAGAAUUUGCUAUCAAGAUUUAUGAUGAAUGAAAUAUAUACAUAUACUGGGAAUAUACUAAUUGCUGUGAACCCUUUUCAAAGACUGCCACACCUAUACAAUGCCCACAUGAUGGAACAGUACAAAGGGGCAGAUUUUGGCGAAUUAGCUCCCCAUCCUUUUGCCAUUGCUGAUGCUGCAUACAGACGCAUGAUGAUUGAUGGAAUAAGCCAGUCAAUAUUAGUAAGUGGAGAAAGUGGGGCUGGAAAAACAGAAAGCACUAAAAUGCUUAUGCGCUUUCUUGCUCAUAUGGGUGGUAAAGUGGCAACUGAAACACGGUCAGUUGAGCAACAAAUUUUGGAGUCCAAUCCUGUGCUUGAAGCAUUUGGCAAUGCAAAGACAGUAAGGAACAAUAAUUCGAGUCGUUUUGGAAAGUUUGUUGAGAUUCAGUUUGAUGAGAAAGGAAGGAUUUCAGGAGCUGCUGUUAGAACAUACUUGCUUGAAAGAUCUCGUGUUUGUCAAAUAUCUGAGCCUGAGAGAAAUUACCACUGUUUUUACAUGCUAUGUGCUGCACCGCCAGAGGACAUUGAUAGAUACAAAUUAGACCAUCCUAGAACGUUUCGCUACCUUAAUCAGUCAAACUGCUUUGAACUUGACGGCCUAGAUGAGUCAGAGGAGUACUUAGCAACUAGAAGAGCUAUGGAUGUUGUUGGAAUUAGCACCGAUGAACAGGAUGCAAUUUUCAGCAUUGUAGCUGCCAUUCUUCAUCUUGGAAAUGUUGAAUUUGCAGAAGGAGAAGAAGCUGAUUCAUCUGUACCUAAAGACGAGAAAUCUUGGUAUCAUCUAAGAACUGCUGCGGAGCUUUUCAUGUGUGAUAAGAAAGCUCUUGAGGAUUCCUUAUGUAAGCGGAUUAUCAUAACUCGAGGUGAAAGCAUUACCAAAAAUUUAAAUCCUGAAGCUGCAACUCUUAGCCGAGAUUCUUUGGCAAAAGUUGUCUACUCACUGUUGUUUGAUUGGCUUGUGAAUAAAAUCAACUGCUCAAUUGGCCAAGAUCCUGAUUCAAAGAUUUUGAUUGGAGUGCUGGAUAUUUAUGGAUUUGAAAGUUUCAAAACAAACAGCUUCGAACAGUUUUGCAUCAAUCUUACUAAUGAAAAACUGCAGCAACAUUUCAAUCAGCAUGUUUUUAAGAUGGAACAAGAAGAAUAUACAAAAGAAGAAAUAGAUUGGAGUUAUAUCGAAUUUAUUGACAACCAGGAUAUUCUUGAUCUUAUUGAGAAGAAACCAGGUGGAAUAAUUGCUCUUCUGGAUGAAGCUUGUAUGAUGCCAAGGUCAACCCAUGAAACAUUUGCUGAGAAGUUGUAUCAAACAUUUAAGAAUCACCAGCGGUUCACAAAGCCUAAAUUUUCACGCUCCGACUUUACAAUCCGUCAUUAUGCUGGUGAUGUUACAUAUCAGACAGAAUUGUUCUUGGAUAAGAACAAAGAUUAUGUUGUUGCUGAACAUCAAGAACUCUUGGGUGCUUCAAGGUGUCCCUUUGUUGCAGGUCUUUUCCCACCACUUGCAGAGGAAUCAUCCAAGUCUUCAAAGUUUUCAUCAAUUGGUUUAAGGUUUAAGCAACAACUGCAAACAUUAUUAGAAACUCUAAGCCAUACUGAGCCCCACUACGUGCGGUGUGUAAAACCUAAUAGUCUCCUGAGACCAGCAAUUUUCGAGAACAGGAAUGUCCUACAGCAGCUUCGUUGUGGGGGUGUGUUGGAGGCGAUCAGGAUAAGCUGUGCUGGAUACCCAACACGGCGCACAUUUGAUGAAUUUGUAGAUCGGUUUGGCAUUUUUGCCCCUGAUUUAUUGAACGAGAGUGGGAAUUUUGAUGAGGUAACUGUUACUAAAAAACUGUUAGAGAAAGUGGGGCUCAAAGGUUAUCAGAUAGGCAAAACAAAAGUGUUUCUUCGUGCUGGUCAGAUGGCUGAAUUAGAUGCUCAUAGGAGUGAAGUUCUCGGACUCUCUGCCAAGAAAAUUCAAAGGAAAGUACGAUCUUAUUUGGCUCGCAAACAUUUCAUCUUACUCCAAAAAUCAGCUAUACAAUUACAGACUGCAUGCAGAGGUUGCAAUGCACGCCAAUAUUAUGAAAGCAUGUGUAGGCAAGCUGCAGCCUUGAUAAUCCAGGCAUAUUUUCGCAUGCAUCUUGCAAGGAAAAUGUACACCAACAAUUGUCUUGCAUCUAUUACCAUUCAAUCUGGUUUACGUGGGAUGGUUGCUCGUGAGGAAUUUCAUUAUAGGAAACAGACAAGAGCUGCAACAAUUAUUCAGAGUUACUUCCGCAGACACUUAGCAUACUUAUGCUAUUUGAGGCUAAAGAAGGCAACAAUCACGAUGCAAUGUGCUUGGAGAGGAAGAGUUGCUAGAAGGGAACUACGGAAACUUAAAUUGGCUGCGAAGGAAGCUGGUGCACUCCAAGAAGCGAAAAAUAAGUUAGAGAAGCAAGUUGAAGAACUCACAUGGAGACUACAGCUGGAGAAACGCAUGAGGCUUGACCUGGAGGAAGCUAAGUCUCAAGAAAUUACAAAGUUGCAAAUAGCCUUGCAGGAUAUGCAACUACAGGUCAAAGAAACACAAACUAAGCUUGUAGUGGAGCAGGAAACUUCCAAGAAGACUGCAGAAAAUGCUUCUUUGGUACAUGAGGUCCAAGUUAUUGAUAUAGAUUUGAUGAAUAAAGCCACAGCUGAAAAUGAGAAACUAAAGGCUUUGUUGAGUUCUCUAGAAACACAAAUUCAAGAAACAGAGAAAAAGUUUGAAGACAAAAGUGCACUAAGUGAGGAAAGACUAAAGAAAAUUCUUGAGGCAGAAUCAAAGAUUGCCGAGUCAGAGGCAAAAUUAAUUGAUCUAAAAACAUCAAUGCGAAGUCUUCAAGAAAAGUUGUCUAACAUGGAAUCUGAGAAUCAAGUACUACGACAGCAAGCUUUAAUGCUUGCAUCUGCCAAAAAUAUACCUUCUACCACAUCAAAACAAAAUAUGGAUAAUAUUUCCCACCAACUUAUGGAUCAUAAGGAUCUACCAAAUGCUCCUCCUCCUAUUAAGCACAUUGCCAAGACUGAUUCAAGGCUGAGGAGAUCUUAUGUUGACAGACAACAUGAGAAUGUUGACAUACUGAUCAAAUGUGUGGUUCAAAACAUUGGUUUUGAUGAAGGAAAGCCUGCAGCUGCAGUGACUAUAUACAAAUCUCUUCUUCACUGGAAAUUAUUUGAAGCAGAGAAAACGAGUGUUUUUGACCGUCUUAUUCAGAUGAUUGGUUCCGCAAUUGAGGAUGACCAGAGCACCGAUCAUCUAGCUUACUGGUUGUCAAAUUCAUCUACUUUGUUACAUCUGUUGCAAAAGAGUCUAAAAGCUUCUGGUGCAGCUGCUUCUACACCACGAGCUAUACCUCCAACGACAACAUCAUUGUUUGGGCGAAUGACACAAGGGUUUCGCUCUUCUUCAAACCUUCCUGUGGAUGGACUUGCCUUUGUGCGCCAAGUAGAGGCCAAAUACCCAGCAUUGCUAUUCAAGCAGCAGCUCUCAGCUUAUGUUGAAAAAAUUUUUGGGAUCCUUCGUGAUAGUACAAAGAAAGAGUUGAGCUCAUUAAUUUCACAGUGUUUACAGGUAACAAAGACAGUAAGAGCAAAGACUAUGCUAAGAGGACGAUCCUUUGUAAGUAACACUCAGAACAGCCCGUGGCAGAGUAUCAUUGACAACCUUAAUAACCUGUUGGCAAUUUUGCAAGAGAACUAUGUACCUGAGAUUCUUAUUCAGAAGAUCUUUGUUCAACUCUUCUCUUUCAUCAAUAUUCAACUUUUUAAUAGUCUUCUCCUGCGCCGAGAAUUUUGCUCCUUUAGCAAUGGAGAGUACGUUAAAUCUGGUUUGGAUGAAUUGGAAUUGUGGUGCACUAAAUCAAAGCCAGAGCUUGUUGGUUCAUCAUGGGAUGAACUUAAGCACACAAGACAAGCUAUUGGUUUCUUGGUAAUAUUCCAGAAGUAUAGGAUUUCGUUUGAUGAGAUAGUCAAUGACCUCUGCCCGGUGCUUAGUGUUCAAGAACUGUACAGAAUUUGCACCCAGUAUUAUGAUGACAAAUACAACAGUCAGAGCGUCUCUCCAACUGUACUUUCUGACAUGAGUAAAUUACUGGUAAAUGAUUCCGAGGAUGGUGAAGUCACAUUUUUGUUGGACGAUGAUUUGAGCAUUCCUUUCUCACUGGAUGAAGUUUCAACCUCCGUGCACGACAAGGAUUUACUCGAUGUCAAACCACCCGAGGAACUUCUCAAAUACACAGCAUUCCAAUUCUUACAAGACUAAAGCUUUGCCAAUCCAAGCGUGCAUAUACUUUUCGAUAAACCAAGGAACAUCAAAAUUCUUUUAGAUUAUUUUGAGUUGUUUGUGAUGAAUUUUGGUCCCUAUUUUCUUGUAGUUUUGGUUCAAUUCUUUGUUUGAUUUAAAGAAGAAAUAUCCUUCUUCAGAAUAGCAGUUUAUUCUUCAGAAUAACUUACGAUAGAAAUAUCCUUCUACAGCAAUAUAAAGAUUUGAUUUCAGUGCCAA